AUGACGAGUGUGCUCAUCUCCUAUCCACAGUUCCGCGUGCAGGUCCUCUUCCGCGACAAACUGCCACAAGGUCCCUAUGCGGAGACGAUCAGAGAGAAGAGCGCCUACGCCGUCUACUUGCCCUUUGGCGUGAGCUUGCAAACGAUGAAGGAGGUGCUCUUGCAGCACUGCGGCGACGAGGUCAUCCGCCUGCAACAGUCGCCAACCCAGUUCAAGGUCAGGGAGGUCAAGUUCAACCGCCACUUCGUCCAAGAGACAACAACUCUCGACAAAUUAUUCGUAACCGAUACAAACAGUUGA